AUGAGCGUAAUCCUAGAUGAGCCGAAGCGUACAACCAAUGAAAUUAGUCAAAUUAAUCAUCAGAAUGAAGGCGAUACUCAAUUGAUUAGAAACGUCCAUUACCUCUUGAUAAUAUCAGCGUUGUUAAAAACAAAAGAGAAACUAUCUAAAGCUAAACUAGCAGAAGCACUUCGACGCAAAUUGGACAUAGGACAAGCGAACCCAUAUUUUCUACUUGCUUUGCCAAUAGUACGAAACGAGAGGAUACUUCUUUCUAUAUUUUGGUCCUUAAGUUCAGGGAGUGAAUUCACUGACCAGCAGAUGUAUCACUUUAACUAA